UUGGCUCUUUCGUCCAACAAUGCCGUAUCCUAUCCGGGAGAGGACCCACGUGAGCGCGCACGGAGACAAAGUUAUGGAGUGCGCACUGGAGAUGGAUAUUAUUAACCACGGGGCGCGCGGAGCUUCCAAAAUGGAUUGUGUGAACUGCGAAGGCUUCAUUAAUGGAACAGUCGAGGGCUCGGGGGUGUCUGACCCUCUGUCAAUUCCAGGCAAACGGACCAGUCCAAUAGAGGGUGAUGACCUAUACAGACUACGAGACAGAAAGUUCCUGUUAGAAGACAAAAAACGCCUGUGCGCUUGGGCCCUGGCCACCGCUCUUCUCGGGAUACUUCUCAUGAUCAUCCACGCUGAGAUGUGCCCCGCUGUCUACCAUCCGGGCUCAAAAAGUGCCUUGUUCAUCAAUGGAGCCAUCAGCCUGUCCACUGGGUGUCUCCUAAUAUUUAUUAUUGCUUUCCACUAUAAGGACAUUAGGUUGUUCAUCAUUGACCAUAACCAGGUGGACUGGCGCAUUGCUAUGACCUGUCACCGUGUGUUUGUGAUCACACUGGAGCUGCUGGUGUGUGCAGUGCACCCGGUGGGGGCAUACUGGGAGAUUGGCCUCUCGUACAACUCCUCGUCCUCCUCUGCUGCUCCCUUGUGUGUGACGGGCCACUUCGGACACAGCUUCAUGAACCUGGAGCUGCUCUUGUCCGUUUUUAUGUUCCUGCGUUUAUACCUGGUUCACAGAGCCAUACUUCUUCACAGCAAAGUGCUCCUGAGUGCCUCCUACAGGAGUAUCGGGUCACUGAACAACAUCAACUUCACCUUUCGCUUUGUACUGAAGGUGCUCAUGAACAAGUACCCGGCCCGCACUCUGCUGGUCUUCAUCCUGCUUUUCUGGCUCACUGCAUCCUGGAUGCUCACGCUGUGUGAAAGGCAAACCAGAGCGACGGCUGACCACAUGAACAUGGCCCUAUGGCUCAUCGCGAUCACGUUCCUCACUGUGGGAUACGGAGAUGUGUCGCCAAACACGGGCUGUGGCAAAGUGGUCUGUCUCCUCACUGGCGUCAUGGGCGUAGCUUGCACUGCCAUGUUGGUUGCCGUCGUCACUAAAAAGUUGGCUCUAAACAAAGGAGAGAAGCAUGUACACUUCUUCAUGCUGGAUAUACAGAUCUCAAAAAGAAUUCGCCAUGCUGCUGCAAACGUGCUUAGAGAGUGCUGGCUGUUGCACCGUGCCAACCUGAGUCAGGAGAAUCGUGGUGAGCAAAGGAGGCACCAGCGCUGCCUCCUGGAGGCAAUCCGAGUAUUUCGCCAUUUACGACUUAAACAGAGGAAACUAAGAGACUUUGCCAGUGAAAUGGUGGACCUCCCAAAGAUGCAGAUGAUAAUGUGUGACCUAAGUGCUAAUUGGAAUAAUUCUUAUCGGGAGCUGGAGCAGCGGAUCCUAUCCAUGGAGCAGAAGUUAGAUGAGCUUAACCACUGCUUCCAACAGACAUCUGAGCUGCUCUCUCAUUUCCUGCGACAGCGCUCGCCCGAAAUCAGGUGACAAGGCUGAGCAGGUCUAAAACACUGGGGAAUGAGUGGGUGACCCCUUUGCACAGGGGCGGCUGAACAUGCUGAACCACUUGAAAGACUGGCAUCCCGACCAAAGAUCUCAUCUUCUGGCCCGGUGUUCAGCACCAUGACUCACUGCUGUAGAAUUACACAGAGAACAGUGAAGGAAUCAUGGGGCAUUUGAUCGAUUUCCUGUAUGUUUUUAAUCAGUUGUACAAAGUAUUUGUGACUAAGCCUCUUGUGAACUGAUCUCAGCUGUUGGUUUGUGAGAUUUGAAAGGCUUCAAGGUUAACAAUUGAUUUUGUCCAUAUGUAUUCCUAUGGAAUAUGAAAUAAUUUUCA